AAACAGGGGGGGCCAAGGCAGCGGGUGUGUAAACAAGUAAAAUGAGAUGGAAAAAGAAGCUUUGCAAGUGAGGCCACGGCCCAUUAUCACCUGAACUUGUUGCUUGAGACAGAACACUAUCCAAGCCUCCUGAAUACUUCCUAGUCCUGAGUGGAAACCCCAAGUCCAGAAGAGUAUUGCAGAUGUCGGGCACAGCAAGGCAUGACCGAGAGAUGGCAAUGAAAGCAAAAAGAAGCCUGUCCAAAACGACUGACCCUUUAGAAAGACUUCGCCUGCAGUGUCUAGCAAAGGGAUCUGCAGGCAUCAAAGGACUUGGCAGAGUAUUUAAGAUUAUUGAUGGUAACAACAGCAGAACCCUGGAUUUCAAUGAGUUUCUGAGAGGACUACGUCAUUAUGCUGUGAUGAUUAAUAAGGAAGAAGCACAAGAGCUUUUCCGGAUAUUUGAUAAAGACGGCAGUGGAACAAUUGAUUUUGAUGAAUUUCUUGUUACACUGAGACCUCCCAUGUCCAAUGCAAGAAAAGAGAUCAUCAUGCAGGCAUUUCAGAAGUUAGACAAGACUGGAGAUGGCGUUGUAACAAUAGAAGACUUACGUGGGGUGUAUAAUGUAAAAUAUCAUCCCAAAUACAUAAAUGGAGAGUGGACAGAAGAUCAAGUUUUUAGAGCCUUUCUGGAUAAUUUUGAUUCACCUGAUGACAAGGACGGGAAGGUCACAACAGAAGAAUUCAUGAACUACUAUGCCGGAGUCAGUGCUUCAAUAGACACAGACGUCUACUUUAUCAUCAUGAUGAAGAAUGCUUGGAAACUCUAAUCAUGUAGUUAAAGAAACAAGAUUUUUCUUUCACCUUUUAUAGGUUCCUCUGAUUAAGUGUUGUGGUGGUUUGGCAAGGCAGUGAUUUUUCUGAGGAAGUUAUAGCAAAACCCAAUCAGUGACUAGGCAUGAAAAUUGACAGCUAAUAUAGCCAUUAGAAAGGUGACAAGCCUCUGCGAAUACACAGGGUUAAAAAUCAGAGAAAUCCUGGGAAGAGUCCUCUUCCUUCUGGCCUGAGGAGCAGGUAACGACUGGGCCCCAGGAGCUGCUCCAUGGAGCGGGCUGGGCCAGCCAGGCCCCGCCACUCCGCCAUGUUGGCAGAGCCGGCCUGGCUUGGCCAGGCCUCUGGGCCCAGCAGCUGCCAGCAGGGGAGGGGAAGCCAUGGCUAUUAACAUCCAGCCAACCCUAAGGGCUGCCCCGCCGCCGGCCUGGCUGAGGGAGAUGUCCGCCGGACCCACCCUGAUGAGACCAAGGGUCGCGGGAGGCACCCACCAGCCUGGCUGCAGAGAUCCUGGCCGCCGUUCUGCAGCCCCUCAUCAGCACAGCUUUGAAAUCCAACAGCGGUGCAGCCAGAGCAGCCACUGCCUGGCAGAUAUCACAUGAUGUUCUACAGGCCUGGGCGAGGUGUUAACUCUUUCCUUGUACAGAUGAAACUUACAAAGCAUUAACCCUUCUCUGAGUGAGAGGAAAAGAUAGAGUGAUUGAAACGUGGAGAGACACAGCAUGAGACGGAAGUCAGUGAAGAGAGAGUAAAAGUUCCAAGCUGGAAGGAGGAUGGAGGAGUUGCCUAGUUUGGGCUGGAUUUCUCUUGUGAGGCCAUGGAGACUGGACUAAAGUAUCCCUUUAAACUGUGGAAAAAGAUGCACUUUAGGGAGAUUACAAGAGUAUUUAAAUUGUAGAGAUAAGCAAAGGGAUUUGCAGUGGACUGAGUAAAUAUUGAAGUAGUUGUGGUCUUGUGAGAAGCUUGAACAGAGAGAGAUGAGAUGAAGAUGAAGAUCUGCCGCUAUAAAGAGAAAAGAUCUGUGUUCCUUGAGAUGAAAAAAUAUCCUUUGCUUUUGGAGCCGUUCAUCUUUAAAAUGAACCCAAAUGAAUUUCAUGGCCCAUGUGCAGUUGUGGGAAAAGCUGCCAAUGGGAGGGACCUCACGGUUUGCAGAGUUUUCAGGUAGCUGCAGAUUUGUGACAUGGGAGCCACCAAAGAACUGUUUCUUGUGGCAAUGUGUCCAUGGGAUUUCUAAGAGAGACUUUUCUCCCUAAGAAUUGAUGAAAGACUAUUUUAGAGUGGUGAUAACUGACUGAAAAUCCCAUGUUCUGUCUCUUUAUGUUGUUAGUGAGAAAGCGAACAGUUCUGGGGGGAGGAGAAGUGUUUUGAAGG